ACCCAGAGGCGAAAGCAAAGCACAGAAUAAAGAACCCACCGCAGCAAAGAAGGCAAUAAUCAUUUUGCUGGCUUCCAACCUCCGUUCAUAAAAUCUUCAUACCCAGAAGAACAACAACAACAUCAACGAAAAGAUUUGUGCAUUUCUUUCUUCCCUUUCCGCCAUGGGCCUCUGGUUCACCAGAAUCCGCGACAUUCCAAUCGCCUCCUUCAACUACGGCUCCGACUCGACCCCCCAAAGCCCUCAAAAGCCGCAAUCAAUUCCCUCUUACAAGUCCGUUCCGCCGUCGCAGAUUGGACCCAUCACCGGCCGCCCCUACAUCAACAUAACCACAAUCUACGACCUCCACAAGGAGCUCGGUCGAGGCCAGUUCGGGACUACUUAUCUCUGCACCGAGCGGGCCACUGGGCGCAAAUAUGCUUGCAAGACGAUUUCCAGAAGAAAAAUGGUGAAUCCCGAUGAUAUAGAGGAUGUGAGAAGGGAGAUCUUGAUUCUUCAGCAUUUGACUGGCCAACCCAACAUCGUGGAGUUCAAGGGCGCGUAUGAAGAUGAGGAAAAUUUGCAUCUCAUCAUGGAGCUGUGUUCCGGCGGAGAGCUUUUCGAUCGGAUCAUCAAGAAAGACAGUUACUCGGAGAGGGAAGCGGCGUGCAUUUGUAAACAGAUAUUGAAUGUGGUUCAUGCGUGUCAUUUUAUGGGGGUUAUGCACAGAGAUUUGAAGCCUGAGAACUUCCUCAUGGUCAGUGAAGACGACGAUUCGCCGAUUAAGGCUACGGAUUUUGGACUCUCCGUUUUCAUCGAAGAAGGCAAAACAUACAAAGACAUAGUUGGAAGUGCAUAUUAUAUUGCCCCUGAGGUUCUGCAGCGGAAUUAUGGGAAGGAGAUUGAUAUAUGGAGUGCUGGAGUUAUUCUCUACCUUAUCCUAUGUGGAGAGCCUCCGUUUUGUGGUCAGACUGAGGAUGACAUAUUAAAAGCAGUUCUGAGUGGCAACCUGGAAAUGGAAGACGCUCCAUGGCCUUCCAUAUCCCCUUCUGCCAAGGAUCUUGUCUCUAAAAUGUUGAGAAGAGACCCGAAGGAGCGGAUCACCGCUGCAGAAGCGCUCGAACAUCCUUGGUUAAAGAUCGAGGGCAAGGCCUCCAGCAAGCCGAUCGAUAGCGCGGUGCUCGUUAGAAUGAAGCAAUUCAGAGCAAUGAACAAGUUUAAGCAGCUUGCUCUCAAAGUAAUGGCAGAAAACCUUUCAGAAGAAGAAUUAAAAGGUCUGAAACAAAUGUUCAAGAACAUAGACACUGAUAGAAGUGGUGCCAUCACAUUAGAAGAGCUGAAAACCGGUUUGUCGAGGCUCGGUUCGAGGCUUUCCGAACACGAAAUAAAGCAACUAAUGGAUGCGGCUGAUGUCGACCGAAGCGGGAUGAUCGACUAUGGUGAGUUUAUUACUGCAACGAUGCAUCGACAUAGGCUUGAGAAGGAAGAUAACAUAUACAAGACCUUCCAGUUCUUUGACGUAGAUAAAAGCGGAUUUAUCACAAGAGAUGAGGUGAAACAAGCCAUGAUUCAGUAUAAAAUGGGAGAUGAAGACACCAUAGAUGAAAUUCUGAAUGACAUCGAUAUCGAUGGAGAUGGAAAAAUCAAUUUCGACGAGUUUGUAAACAUGAUGACCAAAGGGACAAUGGAACCAAAAAUUAACUAAAUUACAGUUUACAGCAUGAAAAAAGG